AUGUUUGCUGUUUCACGUUCCAGCUUUCUCCUCGCCACUCGGGUUAAAACUCUGCGCAGCUUUGCUGCCGUACAGGCUGCCGACAAGCACACGCUCGUCCUCGUGCGUCAUGGGGAGUCUACAUGGAACCUCGAGAACAAAUUCACUGGAUGGUACGACUGCCCCCUCAGUCCCAAGGGACAUGAAGAGGUUAUUGAGGCCGGUCAGUUGAUCAAGAAGGAAGGAAUCAAGGCCGACAUAGCGUUCACAUCGCUGCUACAGCGUGCGAUACGCUCGAUGUGGCACGUUAUGGAACAGACGGAUCUUAUGUGGAUCCCAGUCAAGAAGGCAUGGGAGCUCAACGAACGGCAUUAUGGAGCUCUGCAAGGGCUGGACAAGCAGGAGACUGUUGACAAGUACGGCAAGGAUCAAGUGUUGGUCUGGCGACGUUCCUACGACGUUCCCCCGCCGACGGUCGACAAGACGAGUGAGCACCAUCCUGCCAAUGAUCCGCGGUACAAUGGCUUUGACUUUCCGGAUGAGUUCACCGAGUCUCUGGCGACUACUCUUGAACGCGUUGUACCAUUUUGGAACAAGGAGAUCGUCCCUGAGUUAAAGGCGGGCAAAACUGUUAUGGUCGCUGCUCACGGGAAUUCGCUGCGUGCCCUCGUCAAGCAUCUUGACGGCAUUGACGAGUCCGAAAUUUCCGAACUCAAUAUCCCUACUGGUACCCCUCUAGUUUACGAACUUGACGAAGACUUUAAGCCGAUCCCUCAGGACGGUGCCAUUGCUCCCUUACAGGGACGUUACCUUGGAGAUCAGGAUGCUAUUCGCGCCCGAAUCGAGGGUGUUAAGAACCAGACUAAGUAG